AUAGACUUUUUAAACCAUUUGUCGUUGAGCCAGUUGUCUAGAGUCUAGAUCAACCAAUCUACUUAUGACACUUAUGUAGUACAUUAUCUAUUCUAAAUUCUAGACUAGUCACUAGAAAACUAGAUGAUAGAUCUAUCAUCUACCAAACCAAUCUAAUAAAAACUAAAAUUAGUAAAAUCUAUACUUAACUCCUUAAGACGUCAAGACCGUCUUAGUUACGUUAGAUCUAGAUUAUUUCUAGAUUAUUCUAGAUCUAGUCUACCUUGUAGCCUUCUAAUCUUAAAUCUACAUCCAUACUUCAGACUUGGUACUUUAAAAUAAAUAUAAAAAGCCAAAACUGGCAAAUUUCACUAGAUUCAAGUUUAAACUCUAGAUCUAGAUCUAGAUACAGUCUGGCAAAACCAAUUUAAGACAAGUAAACAUAAUUGUCACAAUUUUUGAACAUGUCGUGGGCCAGUGAGCUUGCUCCAGAACUUGUAUCUCGACCAUUGGGCUUAGUCGCGUUGACCGGCUUGGACACCACCUACAAUGCAGUACAUAAAGCUAUCUGGGAUUCCUUUUGCAACAACCGUCGCUCUGAUAGAGUGCCGCUGCAGUUCAAAGUUUGCAAAGCAGACCAUGAGUACCCAAAGUGUAAACAAAAGAGAAUGUCCUAUGAGUGGUAUAUCCCUAAAGGAAUCCUAAAAUCCUACUGGAUGCACAAACACUUGCAGGAGAUACCUGCCGUAGUUGUCAUCUUCUUUGACCUGGACUGGGAGGAACCAUUGUGGAAAGAAAAACAAAUGGAAUGUGCAACAAGAUUAGAAAUAGUCAGGAAUAGCCUCCAGGGCAGAAAUACCAAGAUUGCAGUUGUCUUGAUACAACAGAAUGCACCUUUACCUCCAGGGGAAGAUAUGAUGGCUGCGGAGAGAGCUGUAUCACUUUGUUCUGCUUGUGACAUCUCUGCCAAGUCUCUAUAUGUCUUACCCCACACAGAUCAUCUUAUUGGAUACACAAUGAGGCUGGAGAAUGCCUUCUAUGAACAAGCUCAAGCUUACUAUCACCAGGAGGCCAGAAAAGUCAAAUCUCAUAAAGACUUUCUGAACAAAACAACACAUCAGCUUUUGUUUGUGCGGCAUCAGUUUAAAAGUGCAUUCUUCAAUGAGCUCAAGCAAGACUCCCACACGGCUAUCAAACAUUACAAACAGGCGUAUGGCUAUAUACUGGACUUGAGAAUCCAUGAUACAAAUAUGCUGGAGAUUAAAACAGUGGCAGGAUUCAUCAAUUACAAGAUCUGCAGACUGUCUUUCCAACACAACGCUCCACUGGACGCCAUAGCUCAGUUCAGGAAGCACAUUGACUUCUUCAAGUCUAAGACUGGCAUACCAGAACUGUCCUUCGAACAUAGUGCGUGGAUGUCAAAACAGUUCCAAGUGUUUGGUGAUCUGUUUGAUGAAGCCAUUAAGCUGGGCCUGACAGCCAUACAAACCCAACAUCCCGGUUUCUACUACCAGCAGGCAGCCAAUCAUGCUAUAUUUAGAAAGCAGCUCUGUCAGGGACUCUGUAUGCAACCACAGGAACUGAAAAGUGAAGAAGUGAUUGCAGAAUAUUUAGGUCAUGUGGAUUUUUAUGGUCAAAGGAAAUGGCGACAAGGUCAUCAAAGUAUGGAGCCCCCAGAUAUACAAAAAGAAAGGGAAGGCAUCUUGGCUUUACAGACUAAGGAACGACAAGUGGAUCACUCGUGCAUUAUAAUUCCACUGUUGAGUAGCGCUGUGGCACAGUUCAGGAAAUACAAAUCUCCUAGGAUGAAACGCUUCCUGAUGGUACAGAUGGGAGAAGAAUAUUACCAUGCCAAAGAUUAUGUCAAAGGUCUUAUCUUGUUGAACAAAGUCAUGUGGGACUAUAGACAUGAAAGAUGGUGGAAACUUCUGACCUCAAUUCUGGAGGUCUCUCUCAAAUGUGCCUACUUGAUUGCUAAAGUGCAGGAAUACGUAGCCAACUGUAUGGAGUUAAUAGGCAGAUAUUCUCAGUGCAGUCAUGAUGAACAGGUCAGGAUUCAAAUGAACCUCCUACGAGUUUUAUCACAUGAAGUUCCUGAGCCAGAGCCUGGGUUGGAUCAAGCUUGUAUUGAGAAAGCCAAUUUACUGUGGAAAGAAUUUUGUGCCCAGCCAUGUUUAUUCACUCUAGAGAUGCAUGGAUUGAUUCCUUUGAUUGAGAUUAAAGCUUGUUUCAUCACAGAAACAGUUUCAGCGGAUCAAAAAGUUGUUAUUGAAGUUUGUCUUAGAGUUGGUUGUCCAUUCCCAGUCAGAUUCUCAAAGCUAAUGAUACUUUUUACCAACCAGAAGUACAACAGUCACUGCAUUCUGACAGACAAACAUGGAAUAUCUGCAGCCUCGGCCAGUGAAGUGGACAGCGCUGACCUAUUUCUCAAACCCAAUGAGCCUCGUGUUUAUAGUUUCUCAUUCUUUCCUCUCAUUGAAGACGUUGGCAAACAGAUUGAGAUCUCAUCCCUGGCUCUAGAAAUGGGCCAAGACUCUGGAUGCUGUGCUGUACUUCGGUGGACAGGAGCUGGAGGAGACAACAUAACGCAGCCUACUGGGCCAACCAGGCCACUCAUUAAAUCUGCUCUUCUAGACAGCCCUGUGGACUGGGAUAGCUUCAUAGUCAACCCUCUGGUUAGGGUCAACCCUCGUAAAGCAUUGCUAGAGUUGAAGGUUGAACACGAGCCUCCAUGUUUGCUAAACGAAAUUUACUCCAUGAAGCUUCUAAUCAAUAACCUGGAGGAUGCACAGAUCAACAAAGUUAGGCUGAGUUUGGGAUUACAGGAGUCUGAGGAAAAUCAGGAUAAUGCCACCUUGGUGGCUGCAGAGUUGACUGAGUUUGAGAAAGACUCUCCGAGCAAUAAUUGUCUGGUUGAGUUGGGGAGCUUGAAGAAAGGUCAAAAGGUAACUCAGCAGUUCUAUGUCAAGUGUCUUCAAUCAGGAAACAGAACUAUUAUUGCUAUGGUCAGUUAUACUGUUGGUAUCACUGUUGGUCAUCACAUGAUCACUUGCCAUUGUCAAGCUGAAGAGCAGCUGCAACUGACCAGUGUCCGGCCAUUUGAUGUCUCAAUAAAACUAGAGUCAAUGAAAUUUGAGACAACUGAAGCUGUCCACUCAGAAGACCCAUUCCUGCUGACCACAGACAUCUGUUGCACAUCACCCUGGCCUAUAGAUUUGAAGAACAGUUCGGUUACGUUAAGUGAGUUCAUCCACACAGCCUGUGAUGAGUUUGAGUCUCAGAUAGCAGGAGUACGUCUGAAUAAAUCUGACUGCGGUGCUGAGUGUAUUUGUUUGGUUGCCUCCUCAUGCAUACAGCCUUCCGUCUCACUGGGAACGUAUACUCUGGAGUGGAAAAGGGUUUCUGAGAGCAGCAAGGACCUGCCCUACGUAUCAACAACAUUCCCUCUCCCUACUGUCAACAUUGAGCACAUUCCCAUCACUGUCCACGUCGGGCUGCCAGCCUUCGGCAGGGUGAAAACACUUCUGCCAUUGUGUUACAUUGUCAAGAACAGAACACCUUACGUGCAGGAGAUCCAGAUCAGCAUGGAGUCAACUGACAACUUUAUGUUCUCUGGAAAUAAACAGACUCAUUUUCGAGUUCUUCCUAGCCAGGAAUAUAAACUACACUACAACUUUUUCCCCUUGGUGGCUGGACAAGUGACAUUACCCAGACUGCACCUGGACAUGAUGAGAUAUCCUGGCACUAUGGAUGACAUCAUCAACAAGCUGCUACCUACUCAGAUAUUUAUACGGCCCAUAGGCAAGAGACCUCCAGUAUAAACACUUUGCCCAGAGUUAUCAUUGUGCAAUGCCCACAGCUUGUUUCAUGUGAUAUAUUUAGUCUCUCUUAGAAUAUAUGUCUGGUCUAGUUUUACAAUUUGUCAGAGAUCAUCGUCACACAUCAAUGUUUUUCUUGUAGUUUUGUCCUUUACAGAAAUCUUUUGUGAGACUAUUUCUAAAGACCCCUGUUCAGGCCUAGCAAUUCUCGGGUCAUCUGUUUCUGUGGCCUACGGUUAAUGAGGGUUCCAUGUGGCUAGCACACAGACCAACCGCCUUUACCUUUCCCCAACUAAUGCUAGGUACCCAUUAGAGUUGGGUAGACCUAGGGGCGCCUUAAAAAUCCAGAAAUUCAAAAUCAGUCUUCACCAGGAUUCAAACCCAAGAGACCUUAGUUCAUUAGCCAAGCGCCUACCACUCAGCCACCAUGUCUUUAUAGUGAAGAACUAUUCUAAUAAUUUUUGUAUUUCAAGUCCUUAACAUUUCCAAUGAGAAACAUUGGUCUCAAGUACAUUAAUGUGAAGGUAAAACUGUCAUACAAUGUCUAGUGAGUCUUUAGACCAGGGGGUUCUCAACCUGUGGUUCGCGACCCCUUGGGGGUCGAUUGACGAUUUUCCAGGGGUCGCCUAAGACCAUCAAAAAUAUGGAUUGUUAUUGUCUAUUCUUCUAUUGCUGUGGGGGUCGCGGCAGAGUGGGGGAUUAUAAUAAGGGGUUGCUGAGCAAAAAAGGUUGAGAACCGCUGCUCUAGACAAGAGUGAGACAGACAUGGAUGUUAGUGUCUUACUUACAAGUGAAUUCAUUCUGUACAAAACAAGACAAAAGUGAAAUCAUUAUGUAUAAUACAAGAAAAAAGCUGAAAUCGUAGUCUCAAAGCCUCAGUGUGUAGAACUUACCAUUUGUUUGAUACAUUGGGUUUCAAACAUCAAAGGGCCAAACUUUUGGUCUAGAGGGGAGGUGCAGGUCCCAAGUUUCUUUGAAAUUGUGGGCAACAUUUGUUUACCUUAAGGCUGAACUGAAAACUUCAUUUCUUGUAUGUAAGAAUUUUUUAUUUUUAAUUACUAGUGUAUUUUAAGUUGCUUUUUGUGUGUAUGCUGUCUACCAAUCCAUUGUCUGAUGGUACUGGUCAGAUGUGUUUCAUUAGAUUUUAUGUGAUUAAUAUUUUAAAUUUUUUCUUUGCUUUAAAUAAAAAAAACAAACAACUCA